AUGAACUGCACACUGAUGUUCAGCUUAUGUGCUGCCUUUCUGGCUGCUUGCAUCUCCGGGUGGCUACUUUUCGUCAUGAUGCCUCAUUACUUGUUCGCGAUUGUGAUCUUGAUGACGUUGAUGACGUGCUUUGCCGGCUUGUACAUUCCAUAUCGCUGCACCAGGCAGCGCCUCUGGCUUGUCAUGCCCACGACGAACCUCAUCUGGUCUACAGUGCUUUCGAUCGCGGUGAACGCAGCAGUCAUUGCCAUUGAUAGCACCUUUGUCACCGAGGUUUACAACAUGGCAGAUAUGUUGGACAACCUGGUCAGGCUGCUGGUCGCAAUGGCCGGCCUGGCCAUGGGAGUCAGCAUGGAUUUCUUCCUCGUUCACUACCUGUAUGCCCACGAGGCACCUGAAAUCCGACGUCUCAAGAGAAAGGUAUGGAAAAUGCUGGUGGGUGGACCUUCAGCGCAGCUGGUUGAAUGUGACAACUUAGCCUCGUCGUGUCCUGGCGACUGUGCAAUCUGUCUGGAGCCGCUGUCAGAGCUGAGAGAGGACUUGGCCUUCAGCCCACAGCGUGGCUCCAAGGUGUCGCAGGUGGCAGGGCUGUUGCAGCUACCAUGUGGGCAUGCCUUUCACGGAGAGUGUGCAGAUAAAUGGAUGGUGCGUGAAGUCAGCUGUCCCAUGUGCAGAAAAUCCUUCGGGAGCCUGCGGCACUGUCGCAGGAUUUGUUUGCGGCCAGGGGCCCAUUUCUCAUCGCCAGGAGGGACCACUCCGAGCACGCCAUCAGUCGUCGAUGUUACGGCCAUAUUCACAGAAGAGGAGGGCUCAGACGAGUGCCCGGAUCUCUGUGAGUCUCAGUCCAACCCCAACCGGGUUAACGUGCAAGUUCUCGGCCGAUGUCUGGAUGUCGAAGACGAGGAGGAAGCUUGGAGAAGGAAGAAGGUGGUGUCGAUUUGA